AUGCAACUGCAUCGGUCUUCGCCUGCAGCCUUCGCCGGCCUGCUUUUGGCAAAUCUGGUCUCCGCCAAUCCGUUUCCCCGCGAUGACCUUCGCGAUGUUGGAUUCGGCUACCUCAUGAACCGCGCAUGCGAUUCUUACUGCGGUGCCUCAAAUCAGUACUGUUGCAGCUCGGACGAGACAUGCGUUACUUCAAACAACGUAGCAACAUGUACAGCGGGAGGUGGAUAUGUUGCCGGCACUACGACAUGGACAGUCACUUAUACCAGCACCUGGAGUUCCUACAUUGCAGGAGCCACGACCCCCGCAUCGAGCGGAUCCGACGGCGAGGACUGUGUGCCUCCUGAUGGCUCUGGGCAGAUUGCUUGCGGUACCAUUUGUUGCGCUGACUGGCAAUAUUGUGCCUUUAGUGGCCAAUGUUCUGCCAACUCUGGUGUGGGCACCUGGACCACUGGAACAACAGUCGGAACCACUGCCACCGUCGUGACCACUGCCUUUUCCGCACCUUACCGAGUGACCGGCACUGGGACCACAGUUACGUCUACAGCUACAGGCACAGGCACAGCAGCCAGCGCCACGGCAACGAGCACCGGUACAGGAGCUGCGGCCGUGUCCACCACCUCAAACAACUCUCUCAGUGGAGGAGCCAUUGCAGGUAUUGUGGUUGGAACUAUUGCCGGUGUUAUCCUACUUCUGCUGCUGUGUUUUUGCUGCAUUCUUCGCGGUGCUUGGCACACAGUCCUGGCCAUUUUCGGCAUCGGCAACAAGAAGAGACACAGCAAGGAGGAACGGACCGAGAUUAUCGAAGAACGAUACUCGCGGCACGGCAGCGCUCGACCCGCGCAUCGGACUUGGUUCGGCGGAGCUGGCGGCGGCCGCCCGUCUACUGUGGCUUCGAGGAAGGAAGAAAAGAAGAGCAGUGGUGCAGGUUGGCUGGCCACCGCUGGUGGUGCUGCCCUCUUGCUCUUGGGGCUGAGGCGGAGCGAUAAGCAAAAGGAGCAGCACAAGGUCGCCAGCUCAAGACCACCAAGGAGCAGAAGCGACUGGAGCAGUUCGUAUUACACUGACUCUUAUACGGCAACCACUCCUAGUAGUGCUAGUUCCGAUAGGAGGACGCGGCAAUCACGGCAUUCAAGACAGUCGCACGCGACGAGGACAUCAAGGAGAACCUCGAGACAUACGAGAAGAUCGUAG